CUCUGCCUCUCUCUCACUGUCCCCUCUCUCAGCCAGCCAGGGAAAGGCGCUGAUCCGGUCUUCUCUCGGUCUAGUUUGAAUAUAUCUGGGACCCCACGUAUAACCCAGCCCCCUACACAUCUGCAGCACCAGCUAGCCACCGUCGGCUGGAUCUCCUCCUUGUUGUUCCUGGAGAGAGAGUGUCACGCGGGGGGGUGAUUUCCCUUCAAAAGACUGGAAUUCAGUUUGUUUUCUUUCUCUGCGCGACCAAGAGUUGUUGUUUGUUCCUGGCAAAGACACUGAUUCGAUUCGUCGAGAGAAAGCCGAGGAGAUUUGUCUUGUUUGGGGUCUUUUCCCUCGCUUGGGUUGUCAAUCAUUUUCACCACUGCAGUUGUCAAGUUGGAGCAGCGCUGGGAUAUGGACGAACCCCUCUGAACUGACUCACCCACACCACCGCGGGACGCGAUUCGGACGCAGAGGAAGUAACUGGAACAUGUUGACCCACACGUUCCCAUGAUAACCAGAAAGAGCCGGCCCAUCCAGGACAAGAUAUAAACUGAUCGUUCACGACUGACUGAAGGAGCCACAAUACCCACAAUUCUCCUUGACUGACAAGCCCAGUCUGUGAGAUCAGUUUAUAGCAAAGAAGAGCGCCGACGACGUCUACGGUCAAAAUGGCCAACAACACAGCAGACCACCCACCGGGGAACUCUGUUGCUGACAGCAACCAUGACGGGGACUUUGGGGUAACCAUGACGGAGCUGCGAGGGCUGAUGGAGCUGCGAAGUGGCGAGGCCGUCAACAAAAUCCGGGACUCGUUCGGUGAUGUGCAGAACAUUUGCCGCCGAUUGAAAACUUCUCCGAUAGAAGGUCUCUCUGGGAACCCUGUCGAUCUGGAGAAACGUCAUGCGGCCUAUGGAAAAAACUUCAUCCCUCCGAAAAAAGCAAAAACAUUCCUGCAACUGGUGUGGGAGGCUCUGCAGGACGUCACGCUCAUCAUCCUGGAAAUUGCUGCCAUCAUCUCAUUGGGCCUUUCAUUCUACCAUCCACCAGGGGGCGGCAGUGAAGCAUGCGGUCAGGCGGCAGGCGGUGUGGAGGACGAGGGAGAGGCUCAGGCUGGCUGGAUCGAGGGUGCGGCCAUCUUGUUCUCGGUCAUCAUCGUAGUCCUGGUCACGGCCUUCAAUGACUGGUCUAAGGAAAAGCAGUUCCGUGGGCUCCAGAGUCGCAUCGAGCAGGAGCAGAAGUUCACCGUCAUCCGUAAAGGUCAAGUCAUUCAGAUCCCCGUGGCCGAGAUCGUGGUGGGAGACAUCGCUCAGGUCAAAUACGGAGAUCUACUGCCUGCAGACGGUAUUCUGAUCCAAGGCAAUGACCUGAAGAUCGACGAGAGCUCUCUGACUGGAGAGUCUGACCAUGUCCGCAAGUCUCUGGAGAAGGACCCAAUGAUGCUAUCAGGCACCCAUGUCAUGGAGGGCUCGGGCAGGAUGGUGGUGUCAGCUGUCGGCCUCAAUUCUCAAACCGGCAUCAUCUUCACUCUCCUGGGCGCUGGGGAGAACGACGAGGAGAAGAAGGUCAAGAAAAGUAAAAAACAAGGACCCCCCGAAAAUCGCAACAAAGCUAAGACCCAGGACGGUAUUGCUCUGGAGAUUCAGCCACUGAAGAGCGAGGAGGCAGCUGAGUCGGAGGAGAAGGAGGAGGUGAAGGCCGUGAAGAAGGUCAAUGUCACCAAGAAGGAGAAGUCGGUGCUGCAGGGGAAACUGACCCGACUGGCUGUGCAGAUUGGGAAAGCUGGUCUGAUUAUGUCUGCUGUCACCGUUGUCAUCCUCAUCCUCUACUUUGUGAUUGACACCUUUGGGAUCCAGGGCCGGUCCUGGGUGGCCGAGUGCACUCCCAUCUAUAUCCAAUACUUUGUCAAGUUCUUCAUCAUUGGUGUGACAGUGCUGGUGGUGGCUGUCCCUGAGGGUCUGCCGCUCGCUGUCACCAUAUCGCUGGCUUAUUCUGUCAAGAAAAUGAUGAAAGACAAUAACCUGGUGCGUCACCUGGACGCGUGUGAGACUAUGGGAAACGCUACGGCCAUCUGCUCUGACAAGACUGGAACGCUGACCAUGAACCGCAUGACGGUGGUGCAGGCGUAUGUCGGAGACACACACUACAAAACUGUCCCAGAACCCGACGUCAUAAAAUCAGAAACUCUUGAAGUGCUGGUCAACAGCAUCUCCGUCAACUCAGCGUACACCACUAAGAUCUUGCCUCCAGAGAAAGAAGGAGGUCUACCUCGGCAUGUUGGAAACAAGACCGAGUGCGCCUUGCUGGGCCUGGUGUUGGACCUGAAGAGGGACUACCAGCCCAUCAGAGAAGAGAUUCCAGAGGAGAAGCUCUACAAAGUGUACACUUUCAACUCCUCCCGCAAGUCCAUGAGCACAGUGCUAAAGAACUCUGAUGGAGGCUUCCGCAUGUACAGCAAAGGAGCGUCAGAGAUCAUCCUCAGGAAAUGCUCCAAGAUCCUGGAUGCCCAGGGUCAGCCGCGCAUCUUCAAGCCGAAAGAUCGUGACGAGAUGGUGCGCAAGGUGAUCGAGCCGAUGGCAUGUGAUGGGCUGAGGACCAUCUGUGUGGCGUACAGGGAUUUCCCAGCUGAAGGUGGCGAGCCCGACUGGGACGCGGAGAACGACAUCCUCAAUGAGCUUACCUGCAUUGCUGUGGUCGGAAUCGAAGACCCUGUCAGACCAGAGGUGCCUGAAGCCAUCGCCAAGUGCCAACGUGCUGGCAUCACUGUCCGCAUGGUUACAGGUGACAACAUCAACACAGCCCGAGCCAUCGCUACCAAAUGCGGCAUCCUUCUUCCCGGAGAGGACUUCCUGUGUCUGGAGGGCAAGGAGUUCAACCAGCAGAUCAGGAACGACAAAGGAGAGGUGGAACAAGAACGUCUGGACAAAGUUUGGCCUAAGCUGCGUGUCUUAGCUCGCUCCUCGCCCACAGACAAACACACUCUGGUGAAAGGAAUCAUCGACAGCACUGUGGGUGAGACCCGACAGGUGGUCGCAGUGACAGGAGAUGGAACCAACGACGGGCCCGCCCUCAAGAAAGCCGAUGUCGGAUUCGCCAUGGGUAUCGCCGGCACCGAUGUGGCUAAAGAGGCCUCUGACAUCAUCCUGACUGACGACAACUUCACCAGCAUCGUCAAGGCCGUCAUGUGGGGCAGGAAUGUCUACGACAGCAUCUCAAAGUUCUUGCAGUUCCAGCUGACCGUCAACGUGGUGGCCGUCAUCGUGGCCUUCACAGGAGCGUGUAUCACCCAGGACUCUCCGCUGAAAGCUGUCCAGAUGCUGUGGGUCAAUCUCAUCAUGGAUACCUUGGCAUCGCUUGCUCUGGCUACCGAACCUCCCACUGAGUCCCUUCUGCUUCGCAAACCAUAUGGUCGCAACAAGCCCCUGAUCUCAAGAACCAUGAUGAAGAACAUCCUGGGACAUGCCGUGUAUCAGCUGGUCAUCAUUUUCACCCUGCUGUUCGCUGGCGAGAACAUCUUCGACAUUGACAGCGGCCGCAAUGCUCCUCUACACUCACCACCCUCGGAACACUACACCAUCGUGUUCAAUGUGUUUGUCAUGAUGCAGCUCUUCAACGAGAUCAACGCCAGGAAGAUUCAUGGAGAAAGAAAUGUGUUUGAGGGCAUCUACAGGAACCCCAUCUUCUGUAGCGUCGUACUGGGAACCUUCGCUCUGCAGAUCAUCAUCGUUCAGUUUGGAGGGAAGCCGUUCUCUUGCACCGCCCUGACCAUCGACCAGUGGCUGUGGUGUGUGUUCAUUGGUGUUGGGGAGCUGCUAUGGGGACAGCUGAUCUCUGCCAUCCCAACUCAUCGCUUGAAGUUCCUCAAGGAGGCAGGCCAUGGGAUCACGAAAGAGGAGAUCCCAGAGGAAGAGUUGACGGAGGACGCAGAUGAGAUUGACCACGCUGAGAUGGAGCUGAGGAGAGGCCAGAUCCUCUGGUUCAGAGGUCUUAACCGCAUCCAGACUCAGAUGGAUGUGGUUUAUACCUUCCAGACGGGCCAGGCGGCAGUGCCGGGUGCCUUGCGCCGCCAGCCGUCCGUGGUCAGCCAGCACAAUGAUAUUAAAGUGGUGAACGCAUUCCGUAGCUCCCUGUACGCGGGGCUGGAGAGCCCAGAGUCCCGUAGCUCCAUCCACAGCUUCAUGGCCCAUCCUGAGUUCGUCCCCCUGUCCGAGGAGGAGGCCCGCUACCCCCUGGAAGAGAUCGGAGAGGAGACCGACUUCCUUCAAAGCUCCUCUGGAGCGGAGGGAGGUGGAGAGCCUGCUCUUUAACGCAUCAGCCAACUCAACUCCACCUUCAUCCCACCAGCUUGAACUGUUGCACCCAGGAAAGAAGUCAUCACUCAUCACCCGCAUUCCCCUCACUGCUCCCCUCUCACUGACUGUGGCGCUUUUCUGCCUGUAAGUUCUGUCCCCCCCUCGUCACCACCACAAAUGAACCAGUAGAGGGCAGUGUGGCGGACCUGUCCUCGUCCAUUCGUGUAUAUUUUUUACUUUUUUUUAAGCUUUUAAAAUUGUUGGGUUCGAUCUUUGCAGGUUUUGGCUGCAGCAUGUUGUGUUCUGUUGCUUCAUUCUUGCAUAACAAAAAAAAGAAACUUUAAGAGUGCAGCGAUUCUCAUGUACAUAGGCUUCUGCUCUCCUACUCCGCUAACAGCCUGACGUGGCCAUCAGAAGAUUUGUAGGCAAAUGCUAAACUUUCUUUUUUUUUUUAAUGUCUGUUUAUAAGAACCUCUUAACGAAUGUUAAUUAAUGGUCGAUUCAAACUCUGCGAAUGUCUUGUGAGUGUGACACUACAGUCUUUAAGGUUGAACUGUUAAAAGAAACGUUCUUCCCUCAUCGAGUCUUUACGUGUUGGUUUUUCUUCAGCUGCUGUGUUUGCAUGUGGAAGGACGGAAUGUUUACGACCCUGAAAGCACGGCCACAUCCAGCUAGAGCUCUCUCUCCGCCCCGCAGGGGUGGGGGGGGAUCCGACCUCAGCAGUCUGCUUCCGUGCGACCCGCCGUGUCAGUAGGACACGUGUGCGUCCGUGGGUGGCUCCCACCUGUAGUACGAUUGCAUGUUGUGUUUCACAGGUGUUGAAUUGCAUGAUAAACCCUGGAAUGAUUAUUUGGAAACCUGUUUGUCCGUGUGGGAGUGUUUGUUUGUCUGCAGCAGCGUUUAGAGCAUUGUCAACUUUCCGUCCGGAUGAAUGAUUCCCUUUCUGAAGGUCUGACCAGUGUCAGCCCAAGCCAACAGUUAAACUGUUGAGUGGCUCCGUACAUCUUUUUGUCCGAUCGGCUCCAUUCAUUCUCAAUCUCUGGCGCGUGUUCCACUGGGUGACACUACAGCAUCUCCUUCUGAGGAGCUACUUUGGGCCACUAUGCUUCAGGCACCACUUCUGGGGUCUAGGUUGCUGCUGCUCCUACACUGUCUUGAGGUGGCUGCCAGAAGUGUGUGGACGUUAUCUGUGGUCACUUCUCCUGCAAAACAUCAUGUGUUUCCACAUGAAGUGAGCGUCUAAAGCACCAUAAUAUGUUGCAGACUGAGCAGGACAAUGCCAUGAAUGCUUUGUGUUUGUAGACAGACGUGGCGACUCCACCACAGCGUUCCCCCAGAAUCAAGUCAGUUGAACUCACCAGACUGAAAGUUGACAGUUCUCAUCUCAUCCUACCAUCGGUUCUCUCAUCCUCAUUUGUCUCGUCAAAUGACUAAACUAGUGACCAUCCGGCAGCAGCACAGCAACACCCCCCGCUCUCCCUCCCUUGUUGUCUCAUCUCUCAGCUGUCGACAUCAAACCGUCGCCCUUCUGAAACACCCCCUGCCGCUGUUUGCUACAUCCCCGCUGUCGUCCACAGAUUAAUGUCUUGAAAGAAGAUAUCCAAUCAGAUACAGCGAGGCGUGCUAUUCCCUCGGACACUGUCGGAGUGUCAUGCUACUACUGCCAUAUUUGCGAUUUUCCGUCGACUUGGUUCUUCCGCGCCCCAACGAUGAGCUUUUUCUAUGUAUCUCAGAGCCAUAUUUUCUAGCUCGUCUGUAUUGUUUUUUAAGUCACUGUUAUCCAGAUUUGCGUUCCACUUUCGCCCCUCCUCUCUUGACCCUCUAACUCCAAACAUGACCAAAAACAGAAAAAGAAGAAAAUCAUCAGUCGUCACUGCCGAUCCAAGUUUUAAGGACCUUUACAAUGUUUACAUAAAAAGCGAGUGAGUGGCGGUGGCCUGCACUUCUCUCAUCCCUCCACUUCCCUUUCAUUCCCUCCUCAAGCUUACUAUUUAACCGAGUAAUGGGAAAUCUUUCUUGCAUGGUUUUCAUAUAAAGUUCGAUGUUUUGCUCAUUUUUUACAAUUCUUCUGUAUUUUUAUAUUAAGUACUUUUUAAUAUUUUGGAGAUAUAUGAAUAUAUAUGUAUAAGCCGAAGAGUUUGGUGACAGUGCAGUACAUGAAUGAGAUGAAUCUACCGUGGACUGUGUCUUUUUACUGCUCUAUAAAUAUUAAAAUGCCACGUGUGUUGUCAUGGUCACCUGAUGUUAGGGCUCAAAGACAAGUGACUUUGUUUACUUCCUGGUUAAUUGGAACCCCAUCCCAACUCGCCCCUCCCCCUUUACACACGAGUAUAUCUACGCUGUUGUGACACUUAACGCUCUGUGAUUCUGCAAUUAUCCACUAUAGGUCAGUGAGUAACUGUAUCUAACAUUAAAUGCAAGUGUGUGUGAAUAUUUAUCCAACUCCUGGGUUCCUUUGUACUGACGCUACAAAUGAUUGAAUGAGUGUAUCGACGUUUUCCAACUUAACCAGAAGGGAGGUGUUCUGGUUCAGGCUCCGCCCCCUCACACUCCUUUUUAGGCGAAUUUGUGGAUUCUUUGAGACACUUAUGUAGGUAGACUCCCAAAGAAAGGCACUAACAUUUACCCCGUGAGGCAAGAGAAGAUGGACAAGUAGAUACGAGUCAUGAACUAGCACCAAGAAGCUUGCAAACUAAGCUUGCGGGUGUGGUCAUGGUGAGACUUGUCCCACUCUUUCAUUCAUUCUUCCCAAAUUUCUGACCACUGCAGACACUAUUGUACAGACGUGAUAUAGUCGCUCAUACUUGGCGUUGGUGACACCUCAAAUGUCGUGCAUUGCACAAUGGACCGGAUCAAAACUGUGAAUGGCGCUAAAGGACCAAGAAAAAAGACUGCCAUGUAAUAUUACGAUUUUUUUCUGCGAGCUAAUUCCCUCUUGCUAAUGCUAAUCCGGGAACCUCGGUGGGUUACGAAAUAGUUCUGUGUGUGUGUGUAUGUAUAUAUAUAUAUAUAUAUAUAUAUAUAUAUAUACAUAUAUAUAUAUAUAUAUAUAUAUAUAUAUAUAUAAAAAAUAUACCGGAGCAUUUCUAGGAUUUGACUGAUGACUUGGAAUGGCAGCUAACUCUUGCUAGUCCAGUUAGAACCUGCUUUUUUCUUUGAGCCCUGUGAGCAGCCAUGUGACCAUUGGAUAUGCUGUUACACCAGGAAACGUUGCACGGACGCUCAGCAUAGCAAACCCCAAAUUCAAUUCUAAAUUCAAGGUAGUGAAAUGGUUUUCCUCAUGGAGUCUAAUGGGGCGGACCCUGCUGCGGCACCAGCCAUUUUCUACAGCUGUUUGCGUGUGACUGGUUAAACUGUGCUUGUGCUACCACUUCUACUCCACGCUGUGUGUAGGUGAUGAGAUGGAGCUUCAUCACGUUCUCUUGUGCGACUGAAUCGGACGGAGCACGAUGAUGUUCGCCUCCGUGUAAAUAUGUUGAUAUAGUGGUGAAAAGAGAGUGAGGGGGCAAUCGGCCAAUCAGCGCGCAGCAUAGCUUUAACAAAUUCUGCCAAAGUCUUUUUUUUCCUCCUUCUUCUGCACAUAUUGUCAAAAGGUCCCGACCCUGCCCCCUCAGCUCCUUGACCUGAUAAAGCCUGCCCCUUCCUUCACCCUGCUCCUCAUCGUGGUGUCGCUUCGCAGUUGGUUGCCCUGAUGUCUCGUGCUUGGUGCCACUGGAGGGCACGGCAGGAAACUGUAAAAGACUCAGCAGUGGAGCAAAAAUACUCACCGAUAUCUCAGUUCUUUUGUUCUUGAGUUAAACGCUCAGCGAGGCAGAACUCAUUAUUGUCACAUUGUGACUGCUUCCUUUCCAGCACUGACUUUGUCAGUGCACCAUCGGAGCAUGAGGAAACCUGAGAACCGUUACUUCCACUCAAAAUGAAAAAGUAAAAUUAUAUAUAUAUAUAUAUAUAUAUAUAUAUAUAUAUAUAUAUAUAUAUAUAUAUAGUUUACAUCUACUAUGUCCAUAUGUUGGAUGUAAAUGUAGAUUUUUUUUUUUUGUUCUUGGGGAAAAAAAGACUGACUUGUUUUCUGUAAUUACUAUGAUACACAGUAAUAGGCGUUGGUGUUAUUUUUGUAAAACAUACUAUCAUCUAUGUGGCAUGCAUGACAUAUAUACAAACUUUGGUGGUUUAAAGCAAUAUGUCUGACCUGGUGUGAUUGGUUCCGUCGUGUUCUGUGUAACCUAAACGCCACUCUCUGUACAAAAAUACGGGAAAAAAAAUGCAUUUGGAUAAAAACUAACUGUUCAGUAUAUGUGCUCAAUGUUCUGUGUUCUGCAUGUUUUAGUAUGGAAUGAGACCACAACCUGUCCCUUCCCACCCCCCGUGGCAUUCGACCUGUUCGCGCCCCUCCCUGAAUGGUUCUUGGACACAUGUAUCAGCGCUCGGAGGUGAAACACACUGAGGAAGCUUUGUUUGAGUCUGGAGUUGAUUCGGUCGUCGUGGAUGCACAAACACCUGACUUCAUCAGCCAUAUCCCGAGGAGCUAGGUCUUCUUAACCGACCAGUCACAGCAUCCGUCGUUCGCUUUUUGAGAGUUUUUCAAUGUGUUUAAAGGCUACUAUACGUCAACUGGAAAUUUUUAUUCUUUCUCCUGAAAUACCCAGGGAUUUGAUUUUACAAUGUUAUUUUUGCUACAGAUAGCUUUUUCCUCAUAAAGGAGCUUAAUAGCAGCUUUGAUAAGGAUGAGAAUCCAAACACUGACUUAUUCUUUAAGUGAUCUUGCACUGGCAGACAGGUCUGCAGCAAUUCCCAGCUACCUGGGGUGUGAGGCGGGACAGGUUGCAAGCACAUCACAGGGCACACAGUGGGACUCACUCGGGUGUGUGAUCCUCAAGAGUCCUGCUCUCAUCACAAACCGAUAGCACAUGCAGGAGUAUGCAUCUGCAUGUCUGUUUCCUCAGUGUGUGUCUCACCUCCGGUCGACCCUUGUCCUCCUCCUGUUUGCUUCGAUCUAUGCAACAGACUCCUCCCACUCACCUCCUGCGACUCCGCCUGUUUCUCCUCACGCUCCCUCUGGUCCGCUUGUCUCUGUCUGUCUCUUCUUACUUCUCAGUUCUUUCUUACAGCUUAAACAGAACCACGACACUUGUACAUUAGUGUGUAUGCUUGUGCGUGCGUGCGUGCGUGUGUGUGUGUGUGUGCGUGCGUGCGUGCGAGAGAGAGAGAGAGAGAGUGUGAGUGGGUGAGUGACUGUGACAGACACACGUGUUGUUUUCUUUACUCUUUUGUAAGAUAUGAUCAUGUGGAAUGCCUUGGUCUUUAGUGUCAUGUUGUUUGAAUUAAGCUGAAAAAAGAUGAUAAUCAAGCAACUGAGUACAAGUUGUUACAUGAGUAUAUAAAUAUAUAUAUAUAUAAAUACAUAUAAAUAUAUAUACAAAUCUAUAUACAUAAAAUAAAGCCAUU